UGUUUCCAAAAAAGUAAACAAAUCGUUUCUUUGAAAAGUGUGAAUUUUCGCAAAAUGUUAUCAUUUAUGCGUUUACGUACUGCAAUAUCCACGAAUUUAACGAGGACAUCUUCAGCAACUUCAUUAUGGUUCAACAAUUCGUCCGUUAGCCUUCGACAUAUUUCGACUUCAACUGCAUGGCUCAGCAUGGGUCCCAAAAGUAUGAAAGAGGAACGGUAUCGCAAAAAAGACAAAGUUCCGCUGGAUUAUCGAAUCAUUUAUAAAGCUCCGAUGGAUUAUUAUAUGACCGCAUGCAACUAUACUUCGACCUUUAGUUUUGUAGCAUUCGGCGCGAUCGCGGCAUUUGCGUAUCUUCAACCUCUGAAUCUAAUAGCCUUUCCAUACGAGAUUGAAUUUGGAACCCUUGCAGCUCGUGAAAGUGAUUUGCCAAUUUUUCUAGGGUUUUUCCUGCUCUUCAACAUCGGAAUCCGUAUCAUGGUUAAUCGGUAUCCAUUGCGGAUUUACAGGAAUGAUGAAAAAUAUCUAGCUGUUUUCGAAGGAUCCCUGCCGUUAACCAAAAGAAUAUUAAAAUUCCGGAAAGGGGAUGUGAUGCCGGUACCCUUGGGAGGCAUUCUACCGUGGCAGGACGCACGAUAUAAAAUAAAUGGCAAGCGUGUAUUUCUGUUGGAUGAUUAUUUUCGAACUCCUUCGGAACUUAAUGCGAUGAUUGAAAAAAUAUAAUAAAUCUAACGUAAUGCUGACUUAUUAUUCCUUA